AGCUGUUCUUCUUCUCUCUAGCUACUUCCAAUCUACACCUCUCUCUCUCUUCCCAAGUCUACAUUGCUUACCAAAGAUCCUUGCUUUGAGUUUCGCACCCACAUUCAUGUCGGUGGGCUGAUCUCGAUCUCGCUUCCGAUCUGCGCUGCUCUUCUACGAUCUGCUCCUAACUAGAUUGUUGUUGUUGUGGUGGUGGGUUGGAAUUCGGGUGUGAUCGAAGCAAUGACGGCGGAGGUGGAUGUGCGCCGUGAUGCGUGUGAAUCUGAGGUGUCCAAGUGUGAGGAAGGGAAUGUCAAUGUCGGUGUGAUUGGGAAUGGGAUCUCCAAGGACGACGGCGACGGCUCUUAUGUGUUUGUGACCGGGAGUGACGCCGUGGCUUCGGACGAGUCUGAUCUAGCCAAUGGGCAUUGCGGCAGAGUCGAGACCAAUGGUGGUGGCGGUCUUCAACUCCAGGUUGAGGAGAGUGUUGUUGUUGUUGAGAAUCCCCAAUCUCAAUUACAGUCUCAUUCAGAAUCAGUAGAGAAGGCUGAAGCUGCUGCCGAGGAGUCGACAUGUUCCGGUGAUCCGGAGAUUGCAGUUGAAAGUUCUUGUCUUGAGGGUGAGGGGGAUCAGCAAUCAGUCAAGGAGGUGUUAGAAGAAGAUCUAGUUCAAGAGUCAGAGUUGAAAACCCAAGCUGAUGAUAAGAAGGUAGAUGAGCAAAUUGUCAGUGAUCCUGAGUCGAAGGAGAAUGGGGACGGCGUGGCUGCUUGUGAUGCUAAUGAUACCACCUCAGCAACUACAGCUGAACAGAUUGGAUCUUCUGAAAUUGGCCGAUCCGUGGCUGCUGACUCUGUUGAAGUUGAGGUACAUUUGGAGACACAAGUGGUCAAUGACAUUGUCUCUGAUGAAAAUGGAGAUGGACUGUCUACUCAUGAUGAUCAAGAGAGACUUUCAGAGUCGUUAGUCACAAAUCACUUGGUUGAUGUAGCUGAAAAGAAUAAUGAGUCAUGUGAAGAAAAUGUUCAAAUAUUGGAUGCCAAUAGUGAUAUCCAAGAGAGCGUUUCAGAGGCACUUGCUGAAGAAGUGAAUGAUGGUCCAUCGGAACAAAAUGGCCAUAUCUUGACAGCCAAUGUUGAUGUUAAAGAGCGUAUUUUGGAGCCCAUUGGUACAUGCGAAGAAAGUGGCGAAAUCUUGGCUGUUAAAAGUGAUAUCCAAGAGAGUGCUUUGGAUUCUCUUGGUGAAAAUGUUAAUGGUGUAUCUGAAGAUAAUGGCCAAAUAUUGGGUGUAUCUGAAGAUAACGGCCAAAUAUUGGUUGUUAAUGGUGAUAUCCAAGAGAGUGCUUUGGAUUCUCUUGCGGAAAAGAUAAAUGGUGAAUCUGAAGAUAAUGGCCAAAUAUUGGCUGUCAAUCUUGAUCUCCAAGAGAGUGUUUCCGAGCCCAUUGCCAAAAAGAUUAAUGGUUCAUAUGAAGUUGAUGAUCAAAACUUGGCUGUCAAAGUUGAUGUCCAAGAAAGUGUUUCCCAGCCCAUUGCUGAAAAGAUUAAUGGUUUAUGUGAAGAAAAUUGCGAUAUAUUGGCUGUCAAGGUUGACAGCCAAGAGAGUGUUUCCGUGCCCAUUGCUGAAAAGAUUAAUGGCUCAUGUGAAGAAAAUGGACAUAUGUUAGCUGUCAAGGUUGAUAGCCAAAAUAGCGUUUCCGAGCCCAUUGCUGAAAAUAUUAAUGGCUCAUGUGAAGAAAAUGGCCAAAUGUUGGCUGCCAAAGUAGAUGUCGAAGAAAGUGUUUCCGAACCCAUUGCUGAAAAGGUUGAUGGUUUAUGUGAAAAAAAUGGCCAAAUAUUGGCUGCCAAUGGUGAUAGCCAAGAGAGCAUUUUGCAGCACAUAGCGGAAAAAAUGAAUGGUUUUCCAUGUGAAGAAAAUGGCCAAAUAUUGGCACACAAUCUUGAAGUCAAGAAGCAAUUGGAAACUGAAGUUGACAAUGUUCUUGUUUCUGAUAAAUCUGGAGAUGAGUCGCUUAUCGUUCAUGCUCAUGAAGAGAGCAUUUCAGUUCCCAUAGAUACUACUCACUUGGCUGAUACACCUGAAGAACACGGAUCAUGUGAAAACGGUGUAGUGGGGGAUGCAUCUGUUGAAGUUCAGAAGCAGUUGGAAGCACCAGUUGACAAUGGCCCUAUUGUUCAUUCUCAACAAGAGAACAUUUCAGAGGAGAAUGGGUCAUCUGAAAAGGCUUCUGUGUGCGAAAAUGUACCGGUUGAAAAUGGUGAAAGCUGUGCAACUGUUGCUGAUAGUGAUACAAUAGUGAAUGUUGAAAAUGAGGAUUCUCUACCUAAGGAAGAUGAUUCAACUUGCAGUAUUGAUGAUGGAAUGCCAGAGCAAUUAGAUAAGAAAAGUAGUGAAAAGCUGAGUUUUUGUCCUUGUGAACCUUCAAAACCAGAAGUUGAAGGUGAUGCUGGUGUGUCAAACUUGGAGGCUGAAUGUGCUGACGACCAUGGGAAGCCGGCAUUACAGAUAGAUGAUUUGGUUGAGAAUGAAGCCACCUUGCCGGCUAGCUCAGGUGUUGAUGAGCCGUCCAUCAUCAGUGAUGCUAAACCAGAGUCUGAAGUCGGCCCUGUUGAUUCUUUGGAAGGACACGAUAAGGUUGUUGAUGUUGAUGAGUCUUCCAUCAUCACUGAUGUUAAGUCAGAGUCUGAAGUUGCCCCUGUUGAUUCUUUGGAAGGACAGGAUAAGGUUGUUGAUGUGGUAAAAAGGCCUUUCUACUACUUAAUUAGGAUUCCUAGAAAUGAUGACGAAAACUUAAAAGAACAGAUCAAGCAUGCUCAAUUACAAGUUGAAGAAAAAACCAGAGACAGGGAUGCUAUUCGUUCCAAAAUGCAAAUGCAACGAGCCACUUGUAAGGAUCAUAAAUUACAAUUCGAAGCUGCCAUAUCUGAAGAGAGAGCUGCUCAAGAGCUGCUCAAGGCCAAACGACGGGAAAUGGAUUCUGUUCUUGUUAUGAGUAACAAACUAAAGGAUGCUCUGUCUGUUGAACAAAUAACUAACACAAUACGCCAGAUGGAACAUACCUUGACUCAUGAGACCGUACCUUUAAAGGAAGAAAAACAGUAUAUUCGUGACAUCAAGCAACUCAAGCAACGUCGUGAUCAGCUCUCUUAUAGCUUGGCUAAACAGGAUGAAGUUCAACAAUCUCUAGAUCAGAAAGACCAUAUUGGAAAGCGCAUACAGGAUCUGAAAUUGGAAAUGGAUCAACUAAAAAACAAUCUUGUCAAAGCACAGGGAGUCACACAAGCUGCUAAAAAGAAAUAUAAUGGAGAGAAUGAUAUGCUGCAUGAAUUACAAUAUCAAUUUGAAGCUGCAGAUGCAACUCGCCAAGAAGCAUAUGUACAUCUACAGAGCUUGAGGAAACAAAAUUAUGAAAAGACUAAACACUACUGGAGGUACAGAAAUGAUGCAAAGGCUGCUAAUGACUUAGCAUUGAGUGGAGAUAAGGAGCAAGUGCAGCAUUUAUGUAUCAAUCAGGUGGAAUCAUUUAUGGAACUCUGGAGAACAAAUGGCGAUUUCCGGAAAGAAUAUAUCAAGUGCAACACCAGGAGUACACUAAGGAGAUUAAGAACCUUGGAUGGCCGUUCACUUGGUCCUGAUGAGGAACCACCUGUGAUACCUGACAUAGUAAGAGUAACCAGGCAUCAUAUGCCAGCAGCGGUGGUGUCAACUCCUGAACCUGCAAAACGAGUUGCAAUUGUAGAAUCUGAAGAACCAAAUGAUAAAUCUGGUGUGGAGAUUGUGGAGCCAAACAAUGAGACAGCUAAGAACAAGAAGCCUGUGAAAGUUGCUUCUUCUGGAAUCAGCCAAGCAACAGUUUCUGGAAAAAAUGAGAUUGUAGAGGAAAUAGUAGAUGACCCAAAACCAACAAAAGAGGAAGUAGAGUUGGCCAGGAAGGAAGAGGAAUUGAGAAAGGAAGAAGCAGCUGCAAAGUUGAGGGAGCAACGUAGGCUGGAGGAAAAGGCCAAAACUAAGGAAGCAAUGGAGAGAAAGAAAAGAAUAACGGAGAAAGCCCAAGCUAGAGCAGCUAUAAAAGCACAGAAAGAAGCUGAAGAGAAAGAGAAGGAAAGAGAGAAGCGCGCAAGGAAGAAGGAAAGAAAGAAGGCAAGUGCAACAAAGGCUACAAAUGGUAUCAAUGAAGGAGAAUUUGCUCCAGAACCAAGCUCAGAGACUACAACCGAGACUCCAGUAGAGCCUGAAGCUGCAGAGAAACCGGUGAAGAUAACGAAGAGGUCCCAGAAAAUGUCACAGUUCACAAAGCAAAGCAAGGUAAAACCCAUCCCUCUUCCUCUUCGCAACCGCAGUAAGAGAAGAAUGCAGCCUUGGAUGUGGGUGUUUGUUGCAAUUGUCGCCAUGCUUGGCUUGUUUUUGAUGGGCAAUGGUGGCAGCUUCUCUUUUAAAUCUAUGCUGGAGAGGUUUUCCUAAAUACUACAGCUAUGGACUUAUUUAAGUAGCUAAAUUAGCAGAGGUUGUUUGGGACAUUCCCUUAAUAUAUCUAGGAAAUCGCUAUAUCAUAUAUAUAUAUAGGCAAUUCUUUGUUCUUUUUGGUGAGCAGCUUGGGAUUUGGUUUUCUCUUAGUUUGCAUUAUUUAAGUGGGUUUUGGGUUUCAUACACCGAUAGAAGAGUGGUUUCUAUAUUUAUAUGCUUAAAAUGUCUGAAGAAAAACAAACGUUCAGUACUACAAUAAACGUGAGUUAUUGACUAUGUUUUAUCUGUGUUCCUAGUGUCAAUGGGAUGGCGUG